CUUUUGGGCCGGCGUGCGGGCGCAGCAAGCAGCAAAACUGCAACAGGCAGCCCCGAGCCAUGCGCUGCGCACUCGUUGCAGCAGUUUUGGCCGCCACCGCGGCUGCCCCGCACCUCUAUGCGCAUCAGCAGGCGUCGCUCGCGGAGCUGCGGGCGCAGGCGCCGGCACCAGCGAUGCUGCGCGCCGCCGUAUUGUUCAGCGGCCACCCGCGCACGUUCCUGACGAGUGAGACGGUCCAAAGCAAUGUCCUUGCCGGCGUCGACGCGCUCUGCGAGACGGUCCGCUGCGAGGUCUUCGCCGUAGUCGCAAAAACGGACGGCAGCCUCUUCCCGAACGCGGCGCCGCACGCGGAAGCAUGUGCCGAGGACGUGGUCGACGCGUUCCGCAACCUUCGGAAUGCGGCCGUGGGCCGCGUCGUGAGCGCGGAGGACCCGCACCCGGAGUGGAGGAGAGACGAUUGUGAAGCGGACCGGCGGCCGGACCUCAAUUAUGGGAGGGAGCUCGCCCACGCGCGCGCGGCCUGGGCGCUCGUCAAGAAAGCGGAAGACGGCUGGACGUACGAUGUUGUUACGAGGCUGCGCUUUGACGUCGUGUGGGUGCGCGCGCCGCCGAGCCUCUUGGACAUCCUCGUGCCGGCGCCGAAUGACAUCAUUUCAGACUUGAACGUCGCCGUCGUGCCGCGGCACCAUUUUCCGGUGAAUAACCACGUCGCGAUCCUGGGAAGGGCGGCCGCGGACGCGUACUUCGAUGGACCCAUCCAGGUGUGGCGGAACUGCUCCGAGGACUGGUCCCGGACGCCGGCGUCGCUAUCAAACCCCGAGGGGCUCCUGCUGAAGGCGCUGCUGUAUGGUAAUGUAGCGGUGCGGCGCGUGCCGCUCUUCUCGACGAUCUAUAGAAGGGAGGGCGCCGAGUGCGCGCGGCUCCAGGCCUAUCGGAGGGGCGACGCGCGGACCGUGUCGAGGGAGUGCGCGCUCCUCUUCCCGGAGGCGGACCCGCGACGAAGGCGGGCGCCGGCCGAGGGCAGGCUCGUGUACGAAAUGAAUGAUAUAGGGAAGUAUGUCGUCGUCGAGCCGACCACCUACGAAAAAGAUAUAUAUGAGACGUGUCGCGAGGUUGAUGAUGAAGAACUCUGUUCGGCGCACGUGACGCAGCUCAGUGCCUUACUGGACAUGAUCGCCAAGGCACGAGACCUAAGAUUGGUGGUCUGGGAGGACUCCUUCGUCUCAUCGUCAAGGUUCGCGGAUUUGCAGUUGAAUGCCAUCGAGCACUGGAUGGAUUUCGAGAAAAGGCCGCGCGCCUAUUUGCGGCUCGACGCCGUUAAAUUAGCGAAGGAGAUCGAGCUCGAGGAGGCGUUGCGGAGAGACGCGGCCGUCAUCAAACUGCCCAACGAAACGGACUGCGAGGGCGUCGUGCGGGGCGAGUGCACCGUCGACACGAUAAGUGGCGAGCGCGUCGGCGCGACGCUCGAGAACUGGCACUUUGGCGACGUCGGGGACCGGGCGGAAGUGUUAUGCGGGUGGGCAGGUUUGGAGGAUUUACCUUGCGGGCGGCUCCACGACUUGCAAAGGAUGCGGUGGCGCGCGGCGCGGCGCGGAUGCGUCUAUAGUAGACCCGACGUGCCAUCACUGGUCGCGCGGCCGCCGGCACUACUGGAGGAGGUCCACUUCGACCAAAAAUCACACGCACCGUCCUACGCGGACGCGUUGUUGUAUGCGCCGCCGGCUCCAUUGGAUACACCGCCCGAUACUAUACACAAAUGGACGGUACCGCGGGCGGGCGUGGCCGCAAAAUUGGCGGAGGAGGCCACGGCGGCCUGGCGCCAGUGGGGCUACGACGAAGGCGCCGUCGAAGAAGCGGCGAGCGACCCCGACUGCAUGGUCCUCCAGGUUUUAUCAGGAGAGGUCUGGGUCUCGAACAAAACUUUGAAACAUUGGGACGCCGGGCUGGAGGAACGGCCGUGGCGCGAGCAGCGGCGCCUCGCCUUCCUCGAAGUAGUGAUGGAGGUCGCUCCCACGCUAAGGGAUGUCGAGGUCGCGUUCUGCCCCGUCGAUUGUGUAUUAGAGUCGGCUUCAAACAAGAACGGGACGUCGCCCUACGCGCACCUCGGCACUAAUACAACGCUGUCGGGCCCCCGGUUAGGCUUAGUGGCGUGCCGCGGGUCCGCGGAUAUUCCCGUGCCGGCCUGGUACGCGCGCAGCAUCGAUUUGGACGAGUCGCUCAAGGGCUGGGACGGGCUCGUGAAGAUGAUCGUCAAGCAGCGGGAGCGGUAUUCAGAUUUAGCGAGGGACCCGCGCGCCGUGUUCCGCGGCAAAGUUCGGGGCAAGAGCUGCUUCGACUACGACCAAGAAAUUGUAAUUCCGACGGAUCAGCGGCCUUUGGAUUCGCAGCCCUGCGGCCGGCGCGCGCUCAUGUCGAGGGGCGCGGCGUUUCCCGAUUUGGUGGAUGCGGCGCACGACUACGUCCCUUUGCUCCAGCAGGAGGAGUACCGCUACCAGAUUAUCGCCGAGGGCCACUGCGGCUGGUCGGACCGGUUAAGAUUGGCGCUCUUCAUGGGGCCGCUUUUGCUGGUACAGGAGAGUUCGUGUCGGGAGUUUUAUGGGUUGGGUCUCGAGCCCUGGGUCCACUAUAUACCAAUCGACCACGCCUUCGAGACGCUCGCUUCUGUGGUGAUGUGGGCGCGCGACCACCCCGACCUCGUGGCUCUCAUAAAGCGGAACAUGCACGCGUACGCCGAGCACGCCGUGUCGGCGGCGUCCGUGCGGGCCUACGCGACGCACGUCCUGCGGCACCUCGGGGCGGCGGCGCGCUACGAGCCGGCCCGCCGCGGCGACGCCGUCCUCGGGUCUUCGUUGUUUGCGGAGCGGCGGGCGGUUAUUGACUCCGUUGUUGCCGAGCAUGCGCGGCGCGAGGAGAGUUCCUGAGUGUUUUUUG